CCAAUCUCUGCUCCUCUCGAAGCUGCUCGCGUCGUCUGCUCAAUAAAAAAAGAAAUCCAGAACCAAAACACCAAUCAUUCUAAUCCUCUCUCUUUCUUUCUCUCUCUGAGAGGAAGAGAAGAUAGAAGAAGAGGGGUUUCGAAAUCUCUGCAUGGCUCUCGCUUGCUCUCUGCCUCGCUUGCCUCUGCCUCGCCUGAACCCUGCCGAUCCUUGGUCACCAUCGAUGCCUAUAAAUCGUCUUUCUUUCUCCCUCUCUUCUUCCCAUCCCCCUCCUUUCUGGGCGAAGAGGGUCAACCCCUUCUCCACCUCCCGAAGAGGCCGGUGCGGAGCAAGGGCAGAGAUGCAUGAAUCUGGAAGCACUUUGGGUGUAGAUGCUUUCACAAUGGUCAAACAUGUGCUUCUUCCAAUUGCUGACCGGAACCCUUACCUCUCAGAAGGAACAAGACAGGCUGCAGCAACCACCACUGCUCUGGCUAAAAAGUACGGAGCAGACAUCACGGUUGUUGUUAUUGACGAUAAGCCGAAAGAGUCGAUCCCAGAGCAUGACACUCAAUUAUCUAGUAUCAGAAGGCACCUUUCAGAAGGUGGCUUUAAGGAAUUUGGUUUGAUGGAGAGGCUCGGAGAUGGAAAGAUGCCAACUGCUAUUAUAGGCGAGGUUGCCGAUGAUUUGAACUUGGAUCUAGUAGUCUUAAGCAUGGAAGCAAUCCAUUCAAAGCAUGUUGAUGGAAAUUUGUUGGCAGAGUUCAUUCCCUGUCCUGUGUUGCUUCUGCCUCUGUAAUAUAUGCGAUCGGCGGUAUGUUGUGUAAAUUUUAUAUUUUGUAGCAGAGCCUAACUCAAGAUUUUUGCCAACCGUUAUCCCAUCUCAGCUUCCCCCCACCAUGUUUCUUUCCUGUAACCCUCCAAAUGUCAACUUUCUAAAAUGCAGAGCUAUCUUCUGCUUGUAAACUGAGUCAUAAAAUCAUUAUCCUGGUGCAGAAACUCCAAAAAAAUAUAAUUCUUAGUUACUUUGAAAGAGUUACAGAGAGUAA